UGUUUUGUAGUUGGGGGUUAAAGUUGGACUUUGCAAAGAGUUGAGGGGUUAGAAAUGGACUUUUUCCUAAUUAAAACCCCACACUGUACCCGCCUUCCUCCUAAAACCCUAGCGCCUUCGUCCCCCACGCACGACAGCCAUGGCAACCACAGCCGCCGCCGCCGCCCCGCUCGAAGAAGCCAAGGCCAGGAACGUUCUCCGCCAGGUUGAGUUCUAUUUCAGCGACAGCAACCUCCCCCGCGACGGGUUCCUGCGGAGGACCGUCGAGGAAAGCGAGGAUGGCUUGGUGAGCUUGGCUCUCAUAUGCUCCUUCUCGCGGAUGAGGUCGCACCUAGGGCUCGAAGGGGAGGUGAAGCCGGAUACUGUGCCAGAGGAGACGGUGCUCGCUGUUGCAGAAGUGCUGCGCCGUUCCUCCUCCCUCCGUAUCUCUGAGGACGGGGAAAAAGUUGGUAGAGCUAAGGAGUUGCUGAAGCCAGAUGAUGUUAUAGAGCAAGUGGACUCUAGAACCAUUGCUGCAUCACCUCUUCCUUACAAUGUAAAGCUGGAAGAUGUUGAAUCUUUUUUUGCUCAGUGUGGCAAGGUAAAUAGUGUGAGGCUACCUCGACAUGUUUCUGACAAAAGACACUUCUGUGGAACUGCUUUAGUUGAAUUUUCAGAAGAAGAUGAAGCCAAAGGUGUUUAUGAGAAAACACUUGUUUUUGCAGGGGCAGAUCUGGAAAUAAGACCAAAGAAAGAAUUUGAUGCUGAAAGAGAGGCGAAGAAAGAAGCAUAUGAAAAGGCACAAGCUAAUAAGAAUAGUGGUGAAGGCUAUCCAAAAGGUCUGAUUCUGGCCUUCAAGCUGAAGAAAAUUCCAGCUAAUGGUGGUGCUGAACAAAAUGGUGGGGACAAAGUAGAUGACACUGAAGGUGCUGAGAAGGAUGGAUCUGCCAAUACUACAGAGAAAUCAAGUAUAGGGCAUGAAGACAAGGCCCCUGAGGAUAAAGGCGUUGUGAGUAAAGAACAGUCAGAUGGUGUUGAGGAGAUGGAAGGGGUAGCUGCUGGGGAAACUGCUCAUUCUGUUGACAAGGAUGAUAAAAAACCUUCAGACAAUGAUGAAGACACAAUCUCAAGGGAGGAUAUAAAAAAAGAAUUCACAAAAUUUGGCACAGUGCGGUAUGUGGACUUCAGUAAAGGGGAUGAUUCUGGAUUUAUCCGGUUUGAAGAUCCCACAGCAGGUGAAAAGGCCCGUGCAUUUGCAGCCAUUGCAGAUGAAGGUGGUUUGAUUAUGAAGGGCCACAUUGUUAGUCUGGAGCCUGUGUCUGGUCAAGCUGAGAAGGAUUACUGGAGUGCAAUUCGAGGUGGUCAAGAUAAAUAUAAAGACAGCCGAAGCAACAGAGGACGGGACUGGAAGAAUAACAGAGGCGGAAGACACUUUGGUGGUGGGAAGCGGGGGCGCUUUGACUCGCGUGAUAGGGCGUCGAAUAAAGCUCAGAAAGUUUAGCUUUAGGCCCUAUAACGAGGAAAACAUAUAUAUGCUGAUGCCGCACUGCUUCAGUCUGCACCUUUGGAAGUGGCAUUUGGUGUUUUGCGCUUUUUGGUUCUUUUGAAUGUUGGUCUGCGCAUUUUAAAGCGCAGAUUAUGAAUGAAUCCAUGUUGAGAAUGAGAAAUGAACUGUACGCAGCUAAUGCUAGGUACUGAAGAAAGGGAGAAGGUAGCAAGUAGCAACCUUUACGUUCAAACCACAGCGUUCUGAAGUCUUAACUCUGGUAUUGGUAGUUGGUUCCAUCUCGGUAGGACGACAGUAACACUGGUACUAGUUCCAUUUCGAAAGUUCUCUUCGGUGUAUUCCGGUGUGUGGUUUGUACGGCUGUUUUUCUGGUAAGAAACCAAUUAAGGUCAUUUCUGA